GGGAGCUGAUGAAGCAUCCUCCUCACUACUGUAAAGCUGCAUGAACUGACAAACUGAUACAGGAAGUUAUUUUGGUUUUGUUAUGUUUAUUUGAUAUCCCUCUAACUUCUCCCUCUGAGUUCUGUUUCCAGGGGGCGUGUUCAUGAAGUGCACACUUGGAGAUGCACCCAGGGGUGGCGCACCUGGAUUUGAUCAGUGAUUAGAUCAUACCAGGCAGUCGAGAUAGAGAGGGGGGGAGUUGUUAGAGUGUUUGAUUUUGUUUAGAUUUUUGUUUAUUUAAUUCUUUGGGUUAUUAUGGGUUUCAUUUUCCUGUAUAGUUCUGUGUAUGUUGUGUGUAGUCUUGAGUGUAUUAGCCAGGUAAAUCUGGUGGGGGAGAUGAGUUUGGUGUGAGGAGAUAGUGAUAAUGGUAUGAUCUGGAAUGAUUAGGUGGCAGGUGUGAGGAGUGUGCGUGAGAGAGGGGUCAGGCCGUGUGCUCUGCUGAACAGGAAUGCUGCCACAUGUUCUUCAUGUACCGUUUGUUGCCUCUUCAGAAUCUUUUACUGUAAGUUUUUUGAUUAAUUAAAAACCCAGAAAAAAUAUCAGAGCUCUGGAAAAAAAAACUCCUGUCUGCUGUGGCUCUUUUUACCAUCACACUCCACCCCUCCAUACCACUUGGCAUUUCCAUCCGGCUUGUGAGGUUCCCAACAUCUGAAACCUUACACUUGGUGUCAGAAGUGGGAUGAGAGGCAGCCAUUUUGAGGAGGUGGAGUGUUGAGAGCUGAUAGCAUGGGGCCGAAAACACAAUCCAAAGCUCAAAGGGCCGAUGGGGCUGAAGAUGGACUGGAGGAGGGUGCUACAGGAGGAAUGGCCAAGAGUUUAUACGCCAGAGAGGGGCAUGUUGGGUCUUUGGAGAAGGACCCCACUGCGGAUGUGUUGCACCAGUGUCUUCAGUUUCAACGUGAACUCAGUGAAAGGUGGGAAAAAGAGACAAUUAGGCAAGAUAAACUGUGGCAGCAAAUGCAGACUCAAAUGAACCAGCUUAGAGAAGAUCUGCAGUACCAACGGCAGCAGCAGAGCACACGGCAGCAGCAGAGCAGAGAGAGACACCCCCUGAAUGCAGCACCUCCAGUACAGCCAGAUGAGGAGGAGGACUUGGAUUCCCAGGCCAGUGCACCGAGUGAGUUCCUGGGCAGGGGCUGGGGCCAAGCUACAGUUCCACGUCUGGAGGAGGGUGAUGAUAUUGAGCAGUAUCUCACCACUUUUGAGCGCCUUGCAGCGGCAUACCAGUGGCCAGAGGGUGAAUUGGCUGUAAGACUGGUUCCACAUCUAACAGGCAAAGCACGGGCAGCGUAUGUGGCCAUGGGAGCAGAGGACACAUUUGACUAUAAAAAGGUAAAGAAGGCCAUCUUAGCCAAAUAUGAGAUCAAUGAGGAUGUGUAUCGGCAGAGGUUCAGGGAGCCUGAUAUCCGCCCAGAUGAGACCCCCAGAGAAUUCUACAAUCGGCUUAAAGAUCUGUACAAUAAGUGGAUCCGACCAGAGAAGUUGACCAAGGAGCAGGUUGGUGAGAUUAUCAUUCUGGAGCAGUUUUACCGCUCUCUCUCACCAGAGCUCAGAGUGUGGGUCAAGGAGAGAAAUCCAGAGUCGGCGAACCAAGCAGCACAGCUAGUGGAGACCUUUCUGGCAGCCCGCAGAGGGUCCAAGAACUUCCGGUGUGAGAUUCCGCUAAAGUCCAGCGCCAUACGGGGUAAGCCAAUCGGGUCGGGGGGUGGAGGUGGUCCUAGAGAGGCAGUACUAGCAAGGCCCCUAGAAAAACCCAUAGUUCCUGGUAAAAUGAAAUCAACAGCUAGGCCAGUCUGUUUCUACUGUGGUCAGGAAGGGCAUAUUAAGCCAGAAUGUCCCCUUAGGAAAGCAAAAGCAGCAUACGUCUGUACCAUUCCAAGACCAUGCCAGAGUCAGGACUGCAUAGUAGGAAAACAGCAGGUCACUACAGUGAAGAUUAAUGGUAAACCAGCCCAAGCUCUCCUUGAUACUGGCAGUGUGCAGACCUUAAUACAUCCAUCAGUAUUGCAGGCUGAUUGUCCAUUAGGGAAGCCAGUUCUGGAUAUUUCUUGUGUGCAUGGUGACCAGAAAGCAUAUCCUGUGAAAGUAGUGUAUCUGGAGGUAGAUGGACAGACAUUUUUGCUUCCAGUUGGGGUGGUAGGAAGCUUAACUCACCAGGCUAUCUUGGGGCAGGAUAUUCCUAUUCUGCAGGAAUUGGUUAGGUCCAGUAGGCCAGUUAACAUUAUCACCAGGUCACAGAAACUGAUACAAGGAGCUGAGGGAGUGAGGGGAGACCGGAUAGGAGCAGUUAAUAAUGUUCAGGGCCCAGAGAGGCUAGGACCCCAGUCUUCGGCUCAGACCAGUACAGAGUUAUUAGGGUCAGCUCAGGGUGCAGCUGAGGAGGAGCUAAAUGUACUGUCAGAAUUGCCAUUUUUUGAGGAUGUUUUUCCAGACAUGGCAGUUAAGAUGAGGAAAAGUAAGAGGCAGAAAAGACGGGAGAAAAUGGGAUGGACAGCAAGAAUAGGGUUAGAACAGCAAGGACUGGAAAGUUGUGAUAUUGAUCCUAAUGGUGACUUUUUACAGCUACAGAAAGAGGAUGCAGGACUGCAAGAUUACUUUGGGCAAGCAGCUGAAGUGCAGCAGGGACAAAUGGCAGGGGAAGGAUAUUUCCUCAGAGAUCGGGUUCUGUACUAUAAGGCAAACUUAGAGGAUAGGGAAAGGCUGGUGGUUCCGCAGACACUUAGGGACCAGGUGUUAGAGUUGGGUCACAGUAUUCCCUGGGCAGGACAUUUAGGUGCCAAAAAGACAUUGGACAGGAUUGCAAGUAGGUUUUACUGGCCAGGCCUUCACACAGAGGUGCAGGAUUAUUGUCAGUCAUGUCCAGUCUGUCAGCUAGCCGGGGCUAAAAAUGUGCCCAGGUUCCCAUUACAGCCACUGCCAAUCAUUGAUGUGCCAUUCAGUCGAAUAGCCAUGGAUAUUGUCGGGCCAUUAGAGCGAACACAGUCAGGGCAUCGUUAUAUACUUGUAAUCUGUGAUUAUAGUACUAGAUACCCUGAAGCCUUUCCCCUAAGAGACAUCACUGCAAAGCAGAUUGCUUAUGCAUUACUGCAGCUCUUUUCUAGAGUUGGUAUUCCCUCUGAAAUCCUCACAGAUCAGGGAACCAACUUUCUGUCUAACACACUCAGACAGGUGUACAGGCUCUUAGGCAUUAGGGGUAUUCGGACCACCCCUUACCACCCCCAGACCGAUGGCUUAGUGGAGAGGUACAACAGAACUCUAAAAAGCAUGCUGAAGAAGUUCAUCUCUUCUAACGCCAAAGACUGGGACAAGUGGCUCCCUUAUCUCCUCUUUGCUUACAGGGAGGUACCCCAAGCUUCAACAGGCUUCUCACCUUUUGAGCUUCUUUAUGGUAGGCAGGUGAGAGGUCCCCUCGAUGUGCUGCAGGAGACCUGGGUGGGUUCCCAGGAGAAGAGGACCAGUGUUCUGACUUAUGUGUUGCAGAUGAGGGAAAAGAUGGAGCAGACCACCAGAUUGGUAAAAAAGCAUAUGGAGAAGGCUCAGAGAUGCCAGCGAACCUGGUAUGACCAGGCAGCGAGAGAGAGAUCUUUCAGCCCAGGACAGCAGGUACUACUCCUCCUUCCUACUGUGGAGAACAAGCUGUUGGCAAAAUGGCAAGGUCCAUAUAAUGUAUUGAGAAAACUGAGUGCAACAACUUAUGAGAUUGAGAUGCCAGAUAGAAGAAAUCCAAAGCAGACGUUUCACAUCAACCUGCUGAAGGAGUGGAAAACCCGGGAAAUUCCACCCCAACAGCAGAUGUUUGUCCGCGCUGUGGAGGAGGAAGAUGACGUGGUGAGUCAGUUCGCUCCUGCAGCACAAAAUUCUGCAUCUCUUGAUCUCUCCCAUCUCUCUGUUACAUCACAGCAAGAAUUGCAAGCCAUUAUUCCACCAGAUUUGUUUCAGGAGAAGCCAGGGGCCACAACUUUGGUGGAGCAUAGCAUCCAGUUAAAGGACAGCACUCCUGUCAGACAGAGGAUGUAUCGCAUCCCCCAGAAGUUGGUGCCGGUGUUGGAGGAGGAAAUUGCGGUAAUGCUCGAGCUGGGUGUUAUUGAACCUUCUACAAGUGAGUGGAGUAAUCCUAUUGUGUUAGUACUCAAGAAGGAUGGAAGCAUCAGGUUUUGCAUUGACUUUCGGAAGGUAAAUGCACAGUCUGCAUUUGAUGCUUAUCCAUUGCCAAGACUGGAUGAUCUUAUCGAACGAGUUGGCCAGGCAAGGUUUAUUACCACGCUUGACCUUUGUAAAGGGUACUGGCAGGUGCCCUUGGCUAACUCUGCUAAGCCUCUAACUGCUUUCAGGACACCCCAGGGACUCUUUCAAUUCACCAAGAUGCCGUUUGGCCUCCAUGGGGCUCCUGCAACUUUUCAGAGGCUGAUGAACCAGGUGCUAGCAGGUAUGGACACCUUUGCAGCCUCUUAUCUGGAUGAUGUUGUUAUUUUCAGCAAUUCCUGGAAGGAGCAUCUCAGUCACCUGGAAAUGGUGCUGGGGAAGAUCAAGCAAGCAGGCCUGACCAUCAACCCGAAGAAAUGUGCCUUGGUCAAGCAGGAGACGCAGUACCUGGGCUACAUCCUUGGAGGGGGUGUCAUUAAGCCUGUGCAGGAUAAGGUGGAGGCAAUCAGAGCUAGGGAGAGGCCUACUACCCGGAAGCAGGUGAAGUCGUUUCUGGGUUUGGUGGGCUGGUACCGGCGCUUCAUCCCAAACUUCUCUACGAGAGCAGCACCUCUGACAGACCUUACCAGCACUGCCAAAGCACACAUGGUGUGGGGUGAGGAGCAGGAAAACGCUUUCCAGGACCUUAAGGAGGUGCUCUGCCAGGAGCCCGUCCUGCAGAGCCCAAACUUCACCUUGCCCUUUUCCGUUCAGACGGACGCUUCUCGUCGGGGGCUAGGGGGAGUCCUUCUACAGGGAGAUGGUGAUGAGAGGAAACCAGUCGCUUACAUCAGCAGGAAGCUGUUUCCCAGGGAGACCAGGUACUCUGCAGUAGAGUUGGAGUGUUUGUCUAUUAAGUGGGCUGUGGACACCUUCAAGUAUUAUCUGCUUGGGAGGGAGUUCACCUUGGAGACUGAUCAUAGAGCAUUACAAUGGCUGGAGCAGAUGAAAGAUACCAACAGCCGGAUUACUCGUUGGUUCCUGUCCCUUCAACCCUAUCGGUUCUCCAUCCACUACCGGCCAGGAAAGCAGAACACGGUGGCUGACUUUUUAUCUCGCAACGUGGUUGGCGAGUCUGCUGGAGGGGGUGAGAAGUGUGAGGGAGCUGAUGAAGCAUCCUCCUCACUACUGUAAAGCUGCAUGAACUGACAAACUGAUACAGGAAGUUAUUUUGGUUUUGUUAUGUUUAUUUGAUAUCCCUCUAACUUCUCCCUCUGAGUUCUGUUUCCAGGGGGCGUGUUCAUGAAGUGCACACUUGGAGAUGCACCCAGGGGUGGCGCACCUGGAUUUGAUCAGUGAUUAGAUCAUACCAGGCAGUCGAGAUAGAGAGGGGGGGAGUUGUUAGAGUGUUUGAUUUUGUUUAGAUUUUUGUUUAUUUAAUUCUUUGGGUUAUUAUGGGUUUCAUUUUCCUGUAUAGUUCUGUGUAUGUUGUGUGUAGUCUUGAGUGUAUUAGCCAGGUAAAUCUGGUGGGGGAGAUGAGUUUGGUGUGAGGAGAUAGUGAUAAUGGUAUGAUCUGGAAUGAUUAGGUGGCAGGUGUGAGGAGUGUGCGUGAGAGAGGGGUCAGGCCGUGUGCUCUGCUGAACAGGAAUGCUGCCACAUGUUCUUCAUGUACCGUUUGUUGCCUCUUCAGAAUCUUUUACUGUAAGUUUUUUGAUUAAUUAAAAACCCAGAAAAAAUAUCAGAGCUCUGGAAAAAAAAACUCCUGUCUGCUGUGGCUCUUUUUACCAUCACACUCCACCCCUCCAUACCACUUGGCAUUUCCAUCCGGCUUGUGAGGUUCCCAACAUCUGAAACC